GUUUCAUCUGACCAAACAAUUUCAGGUCCUCUCUCUCUCUCUCUCUCUCUCUCUCUCUCUCACUCCACACACACCAAGCAUAGAAGAUGUCAUCAGUUCUCAAUCAUCUCUUUGAUCUUUCGGAACAGAUAUGUUACGUGCAAUGUGGUUUCUGCACGACCAUUUUACUGGUAAGUGUGCCAUGUAGCAGCUUGUCCGUGGUGGUAACAGUAAGAUGCGGCCACUGCACGAGCCUCCUCUCUGUCAACAUGACCAAUGCUUCUUUCUUACCUCUCCAUCUUUUAACCUCUUUCAACCAUGAAGAGCCAAAUCCAGAGGAAAAUGAUGCACAGAAGAUCUUGGACCGGCGCAGCCCAUCCAUGGUGGCCUCUUCUGACCAUGAGGAAGAGGAUGUAAUCUCCGGGAAUCACAUCGUUAACAAACCCCCUGAGAAGAGACAACGAGCUCCAUCAGCCUAUAACCGCUUCAUUAAAGAGGAGAUCAAGAGGCUUAAGGCUGAGAAUCCAAACAUGGCUCACAAGGAAGCUUUCAGCACAGCAGCCAAAAAUUGGGCUCAUUGCCCUGCAUUUCAGUCCAAAGGAGAUGAAGAUCACUAUAGUCAGAGUACUGAGGAAAACAUGGCUAUAAAUUGGGACUCUCGAUCAUGAGGUACAUGAGGUAAAGAGCACUUCAACUCAUCGAAUAUCAUGAUCAUCAGCAGUUUCUUCCCACGUUAUUCACGAUCGAGGAUUGCCGAUAUUGGUCAACUUUUUCUUCUGAGCAAAUUAAAUCGGUUAUAAUAUAGGCCGGUUUGUUAUAACAUGUUAUGAUAUGUCAUGAUCAAUCAUGCAUCAUGAUCAGAUCGCAUGUUGGAGGUUAAAAACAAAUGUUUCGAUCUUUUAAUAUAACCGGGCGCCAUCAAUUUUAAGGUUUCGUAUGUAUAUCAUUAAUUUCUAGGAACAUUUGUUUAGCUUUCUAUUUGUCAUGAUUUGGAGGAAGGUAUGAUCACCAUGCAUAUAUAUUCAUGGA